AUUUGCCACGGACUGUUUCCUGUUCUUGACCUUAUUCGGCGGGCAUGAAAUGAAGCGUUGUGUAUGUUCUUCUUAGAUAAAUAUAAUAAUAUUUGCGUUGUUCCCGUCGUAGACUAUGGCUUUACAUAAAGUAUGGACGGCAAAGGGCACAUUAUGUAGAUUUGUUCAGGUCGCUGAGAGUCUGCUCCCUCCAGCCUGUACUUACCACACAACAGCGACUCGGCACAACUCGAAUAAAAUCUCCGUAACACGCAGUGGAAGAUGGAAAUACGAGCGAAGCUACCCGGUGCUGUUAGUGCGCCCCGACGGUUCCACCGUCAGCAUUAGAUACAAGGAGCCCAGGAGGAUCCUGAUGAUGCCGCUGGAUAUCUCCACGCUUUCUGAGGAGGAGAAGAAGGCCAUGUUGAAGAAACACGAGCAGAAGAGAGUGGAGGUCAGACCAGCAGCGGAGGAGUUUGAGGAUGAUUUCAAAGUUGACGAUUACAGCAAAUAUUGGAAAAAAUGACUCCUGUUUGGAACUUUAGCAUCAUUCAAAGUGAAGAUUUCACAGUCUGUGUGUGUGGGCGUGAGAGAGUGUGAUAGCGCUUUAAUUAAUAAAGCAGAUGUGAACCUUU